AAGAGUUCAUAACUACAGAACACAGGGAGAUCGUCAUGAGUUCUUCUCAGACUCUGUCCAAACUGGAGGCCCUGGAGUGUCACUUCACCUGGGUCAAGGAAACCACCAGAUCACAGCUGUUGCGCAUGAGGGUCCGGCUUGAGGACAUUGGGACAGAUGAGGGAAAUUUUUGGUUGGGUUCCAUUUACAACUUGUGGGGGUUUGUCCUCUAUGAGCUGGGCUCUAGCAAAGACGGCCAUCAGUACUUCAGAAAGGCCACAGAAACCUUACAACGGCUGAGGAAGGAAGAUGAGGGUCCCUGGCUGAUGGUGAACUAUGGAAAUCUAGCCUGGCUGCACCAUCAUCUUGGAGAAGAGGCAAAGAGUCAAGAUUACUUGUCAAAGGUUGAAGCUCUCAAAAGUAAAUUCUCAUCUCCAUCCCAGGAUGAGCUCCACCCAGAGAUCUACGCUGAAAAAGCCUGGACUCUGAUGAAGUUUGGUAAAGAUAAUCAGCUGCUAGCUGCAGAUUACUUUCAGAGAUCCUUCAAGAUGCAGCCAGACAUGGUGCAGUGGCAGUCCAGCCGUGUGAUUGUACUGGCUAGUGCUGCUAAGCACAGUGACACAGGCCUGAGUGAUGACCUAAUGCAGGAAAUUAGAACAGCCCGAGAGCAGGAUCCAGAGAAUCUGUACGUGGCUGCUGUGGAGCUUAAGGAAAGAAGCAAUAAAGGAGAAUCAGUGAAAGAUGAGGCGGAGACGCUGGGUCAAAAGAUCCUUCUGCAGCCUGUCAGCAGCUACAGUGGCCUGAAACCCCUCCUGAGGCUGUACAGGGAGCUGGGCUCGCUGGAUAAGGCCAUCGUUCUGACAGAGGAGGCCUUGGAGCGGCAUCCUGAUGAGCGCUACCUGAAGAGAUGCGCCUCUCUCUGCUACAAAUGGAAAGUCCUCAGGUUCACAGCUGAUCAAGCAGACCAACGUACGAUUGAGAGAGCCAUAAAGCUGCAUGAUGAGGUCAUUGAUCUUUACCCAGACUCAUCAUUUGUGAAGAAGAUUGACCUGGCAUGUGUUCAGGCAAAGUCGAGUCAGGGCCGUGAGAUAGCAUACCAGAUGUUCCAAGACCUGCUUGCAAGGAGAGACCUGGAUUCUGAUGACAAGCAGCUGCUAUACUACAACUACGCCAGAUACCUCCACUUCGACCGUCAGGACAGUAAUGAGUCCAUUCGGUAUCACAUGAAGUCAGCAAAGAUUCAAAACAGUACAUUUUAUGGGAAACUAAGCGUCAAAAUCCUCCAGAAAAUAUGCAAGAGAGGAAGGAGCAGGAUGUGCACAGAAAUCAGGACGUUUCUGGAAAACCUACCAGAAGACAAUUCUGAAUGAGGUUUUGCCAACAUAUGGUUCAUAUCUAAACCUCUGAAGAUGCUUUACCUUUUCAUUUAUGUGGGGGAUUAUAGGUAUUUCUAUUAUUGUAGUUGCCGUUGGUUGAGAUGUAGAAAUGUAUCACAUUGAAGAUGUAUAAAACAGGAAUUUAAAGUUGACUAAUGUGAAAUUCUUGUAACUUGGCUGACGUUUUGCAUUACUUUUUCUUAAUAGCAAGUUAACUUUUAUCCCACAUAUCAAGCAGGUGAUUAAAACUGUUUUUUUUCCUCUUAGAAAUCUGGCUAGGGUCAAUAUGGAGAUACUAAUGCAUGCUUUUAUUGAU